UGCACAGGGGUUCGCGGGUGAGGUCCCAUCUUGCGGUAAUCGCACAAAUACCGGCGUCGAGAGCUCUAGACCGGUAAGCCGAGUUUAGUGCCAGAACUCCUGGUCUCUGAAACGCGAAAACUGAUAUGCUAAAACAUCACAAGUGGCUGAUCUUGCGGAGGCGGCUCCACAGUUGUCAGAUCAGUUGCACACUGACAACAUGUAUGCUGCUAGACGGUGGGUACGUGAUCCAACCCGAAUGGUCACGUCGGCGAAGACACGGACAACUGGUCCAGAAGACGGCACACGGCUGCAGCGUCAUUGACGUCCGGCAAAAUGGAUCACACCGAGUUUCACAGUGCACAGUACUGAUCAGCCGAUACGUCCGUCAAAACAGAUAGAACUAUCGAUUCAUCAGCCACACGGAUAUCAGAAGCUGAUAUCGUGCAUCUGUUCC